ACACCUGGCUAUAAGGGUUCCUGCUUUCACAGAAUUAUUCCAGGGUUUGUGUGCCAGGGUGGUGACUUCACACACCAUAAUGGCACUGGUGGCAAGUCUAUCUACGGGGAGAAAUUUGAUGAUGAGAACUUCAUCCUGAAACAUACAGGUCCUGGCAUCUUGUCCAUGGCAAAUGCUGGACCCAACACAAACGGUUCCCAGUUUUUCAUCUGCACUGCCAAGACUGAGUGGUUGGAUGGCAACCAUGUGGCCUUUGGCAAUGUGAAAGAGGGCAUGAAUAUUGUGGAAGCCAUGGAGCACUUUGGAUCCAGGAAUGGCAAGACCAGCAAGAAGAUCACCAUUGCUGACUGUGGACAACUCUAA